AUGGAAAACGUUGCUUUAGCAGUGAUGUUGUGUGCACAGAAGUUGGAUCCCAACUCGAUGUGGCAGCCGUAUAUCAAUGUUCUUCCUAAGCAUUUCGACACGCCACUAUUCUUCCCUGUUUACUUGUUAGAGAGCUUGCGACCGUCACCAGUUUUUGAGGAAUCACUGCUGCUGUUUCGAAAUGUUGCCCGACAGUUUGUUCACUUUUUAUUGGAAAUUAUAUGCGCUGACGAAUUUCGUCUCAAGAAAAAGAAAGAUGACGAGCCGACGUAUUUGAAUUCACCGUUCACCGCUGCGAAUUUCACGUUCGAUCUAUACCGAUGGUCUGUUGCAUGUGUUUCAACUCGCAUCAAUAUGAUACCAAGUGACCUGGUAAAAGAUCAGCGGGGUAAACCCGUAAUGAUUCCGGCUCUGAUACCAUUUCUGGAUAUGGCCAAUCAUCAGUUAUUAGCAGAAAAUGUGUCGAAAUCUGUGCACUUUUCGGAAGAAGACUGCGCGGAAAUCAUUGCAGUUCAUGAUUACAAACAUUCUGAACCGGUGACCAUUUUUUAUGGCUGGAGAAGCAGUAGUGAAUUCCUGUUGCACAAUGGUUUCGUGCCUGAAGGUAAAAAUAUUCGGGAUGUCUACAAAUUACGCAUUGGAUUGCCUAAAACGAAACGUGAAGAAGUACGCCUGGAUUUAAUUCACAAGCUUGGCUUCUCCAUAGCAUCGAAUGUUUUUGUUUUUGAACUGAAGAUUGUUGAGCCGUGUAUCCCCGAAUCGCUGGUACAGUUUGCACGAAUUUAUGUCAUGGAUGAAGUGGUUUCGGUUAAACAGGCAAAGAAAAUCAUAAACUCUGAUGAAAAUAUUCAGAAAGCAUGGAGAUUUCUUCGUGAUCGGUUUGCACUUUUCCUUCGAGCCUAUCGGGAGAAAAUUACGGAUAUAACCGAUUCAACGAUGGUGAUGUCUGUUACUCCCCGUUCUUUGGGAGCGAUCCAACAGCACUACAUUCCAAGGCUGAAAUCCUCAGAAAUGGAAAUUUUACGAAAAGCAGAGGAUUUAUGCAACACAAAACUGGAAAAUCUGUGA